AUGAAAUGUAGCGGCAACCUAAUAAUCCUAAGCUUCGCUCUUCAUCUCGUAUCGUCUUUAGUUCAAACCGAGGAAGAACUGAAAUCUAACAAAAGAACAUUCAAUGGCCAUGAAAAGGACCUGUUGUCGGAUCAUAUUUUGACGUUGUCUAGCCAAGAUACCGAGAGUACAGAAGCUUCAACGAAAAGGUCUUCAACGGCAGAUGCAAGACAUUAUAAUGCAGUGAAUAUACCGGUUCCGUUUCAUAGAGUACAUUAUAGACCAAUCCAUGUCGCAAGACCCGUAGCUUACAGCAAGAAACCUGAUGUGUAUAUAAACCACGUGCAUGUACAUAAUGGAGGUCAGGAUUGUCAGUUUUUUUUAGUUCAUAACUAAAUUAAAGCCCGACCCUGCUCAAACAAGGAUGAGAAUUGGUCAUGAGAGUUGGCGGUCAAAUGCGAGCGACAGUUGGAACUCUCAUCAGUUCUUGUCAUCUCUCAUUAGCUUUAUACUACACAUAUUGGUCUUUCAUUCCUCAACGGUUCAUCACAUAGCUUCAGUAUAUGAGGAUCAUCUCUUAUUCAUCCAGUGUUACUACAGGAGGAAACCUAAACUAAACUAACUUUAUUUAUACUGGAUAGCUCUAUCAGUUCUAGACUUUUCUUCAUAGAGGUUCAGUAAGGAUCAUGUCUUAUUGAUCCAGUGUUACUAGAGGGGGAAACUUAAACCAACUUUAUUUAUACUGGAUAGCUCUAUAUCAGUUCUAAACUGUUCUCCCUAUAGAGGUUCAGUAAGGAUGAUCUCUUAUUGAUUCUGUUCUUCCUAGAGGUCAAGUAAGGAUCAUCUCUUAUUGAUCCAGUGUUACUACAGGAGGAAACUUAAACUAAACAAACUUUAUUUAUACUGGAGAGCUCUAUCAGUUCUAAUCUGUUCUUCCUAGAGGUCCAUUAAGGAUCAUCUCUUAUUGAUCCAGUGUUACUACGGGAGGAAACUUAAACUAAACAAACUUUAUUUAUACUGGAGAGCUCUAUCAGUUCUAAUCUGUUCUUCCUAGAGGUCCAGUAAGAGUCAUCUCUUAUUGAUCCAGUGUUACUGCAGGAGGAAACUUAACCUAUAAAACAAACUUUAUUUAUACUGGAGAGCUCUAUCAGUUCUAAUCUGUUCUUCCUAGAGGUCCAGUAAGAGUCAUCUCUUAUUGAUCCAGUGUUACUGCAGGAGGAAACUUAACCUAUAAAACAAACUUUAUUUAUACUGGAGAGCUCUAUCAGUUCUAAUCUGUUCUUCCUAGAGGUCCAGUAAGAGUCAUCUCUUAUUGAUCCAGUGUUACUGCAGGAGGAAACUUAACCUAUAAAACAAACUUUAUUUAUACUGGAGAGCUCUAUCAGUUCUAAUCUGUUCUUCCUAGAGGUCCAGUAAGAGUCAUCUCUUAUUGAUCCAGUGUUACUGCAGGAGGAAACUUAACCUAUAAAACAAACUUUAUUUAUACUGGAGAGCUCUAUCAGUUCUAAUCUGUUCUUCCUAGAGGUCCAGUAAGAGUCAUCUCUUAUUGAUCCAGUGUUACUGCAGGAGGAAACUUAACCUAUAAAACAAACUUUAUUUAUACUGGAGAGCUCUAUCAGUUCUAAUCUGUUCUUCCUAGAGGUCCAGUAAGAGUCAUCUCUUAUUGAUCCAGUGUUACUGCAGGAGGAAACUUAACCUAUAAAACAAACUUUAUUUAUACUGGAGAGCUCUAUCAGUUCUAAUCUGUUCUUCCUAGAGGUCAAGUAAGGAUCAUCUCUUAUUGAUCCAGUGUUACUACAGGAGGAAACCUAAAUUAAGCUAACUUUAUUUAUACUGGAUAGCUCUAUCAGUUCUAAACUCUUCUUCCUAGAGGUCCAGUAAGGAUCAUCUCUUAUCGAUCCAGUGUUACUACAGGAGGAAACCUAAACUAAACUAACUAACUUUAUUUAUACUGGAUAGCUCUAUCAGUUCCAAACUCUUCUUCCUAGAGGUCCAGUAAGGAUCAUCUCUUAUCGAUCCAGUGUUACUACAGGAGGAAACCUAAACUAAACUAACUAACUUUAUUUAUACUGGAUAGCUCUAUCAGUUCUAAACUGUUCUCCCUAGAUGUCAAGUAAGGAUCAUCUCUUAUUGAUCCAGUGUUACUACAUCUCUUAUUGAUCCAGUGUUACUACAUCUCUUAUUGAUCCAGUGAUCCACUGUUAUUACAAGAGGAAACCUAAGCUAAUUAAAGUAAUUUUGUUGAUGCUGGACAGCUCUAUCAGUUCCAAACAGCUUUCUUCGCAUUUUGGCGUUGAAUUAAUUUUGAAAUAAAUCCUGUUUGCCCGCCGUUAGAAAUGUUAUCGUGGUGACAAACAUUUGCUUAAAAGGAAGGAUAAAAUGUUUCCCAACAAUUCCACAUAUUUUCUUCCAAAAUGUAUGUUUGGUGCGAGUCAAUCCUUUCUUGUUUGCCGUCCUUUUGGAAAUAUGGUUCAGAACAAAUAUUUUCACAAGGCUUAACUCCCAUUACCAUUUAUAACUCUACUCACAAAGUGAAAUUGUUAGGCGCACUAUACUGUACAACGAAAUUCUUGAGUCGCUAACUGACUGUCAAUUUACACAUAUUCUUAUUUCUUAUGUAGUCAAUCCAUGUCAACAUAGUGGAAUUAUUUUACAUACGCCUGGGGGAUUUGAAUGUCUGUGUAAGAAACAGUACAAAGGAAAACAUUGUGAAGGUAUUUCCUAGCAAAUUUAUCAUGAGGUACGACGAGAAUGCUACGAUUACGAAUAAGGACAGCAACAAGAAAGACAACUAUAAAGCUUCAACCACAACAGCAGCUGACAACAAGGCCGGAUUUUGGUGGAAAUAGUGGGGGAGAUGGAAAAAGAAUUGGGGGAGGUGCAGCGGUCUAGCUCACGACCCCCAUGGAAAGUUAGGGCUUACUGUAGAACGUGGCAAAGUCAACGAUUUGACGUAUGCAUGUAGUGUACAUAUGUAUCAGUGUAUUAAUGAAUUAUGACUGUACAACGCAUCUAAUUUUGCCUUUCAUUACAAUUACUACAAAGUUUUCUUUCAAAACAUUGCAUCAAAAGGGUACUUGACACAGAGUUGAAUUGCUAUCACUGUUUCAAUUUUACAGGGAAAAAAUUUACGAAGUUUAGACUCUAAAGCAACCAAAAAUGUCAAAUUUUGACUUAAAGUUUGAUCUAUUAAUAAAACUAUCGUAAGGGAAGGUGCAUGACUUUUCAGGGGAGGUGCAAAACGAUCUCAGAGGAGGUGCGCACCUCCCCACAACUCCCCUCAAAAUCCAGCCAUGACUGGCAACAGUCAACAACAACAACAACAAUGUGACAACAACAACAGUUGCUCCUGUAUCGGAAGAAGAAUAUGUUGCAAAUCAUUUUCAAUAAGUGUGUUUUUAAACUUUAUUUUAGAGAAGAACUAUUGCUACCCCAACCCAUGUGUUAACAAAGGGAACUGCGUUGAGAGACAACAUAGUUUUGCUUGCAAGUGUUUGAAAGGUUUUAAAGGAGCCACUUGCUCAGGUAUGAACUACAGAACGGCAUAUAUUAAGGUAGUUGAAAAGCUAGUAACAAACUUAUUUUUUUCAAACGAUAAUCCUCAACGGUGACAAGUCCAAACUAUGGGACUUAGAACCAUCAAACAAUUAAAAAAUGAUAAAAGUUUAAAACAAUAUAGAAUUCAAACCUUUGCUCAUAAUAUUCCGGUGUUAAACCUGGUUUACAUUAUCAAAGUUUCUGUGUUCACAGUGGGAACAGUGUUAAACUAUUAGUCAGUUCCCUCAAACAUUUCUUACAAAUCCUUCAGAACUUAGAAUUUACUGAUGCAAAAUCCUACUGUGAUCACAGAAACUGCAACCAGGCUUAAACCAGGUUUUAUUUACAUUUUUCUAAAGAUAAAGAUUUCUAUGUUCUCAAUGUGUGACAGUAUAAAUUGUAAAUCAAAGGUUUCAUUAAGAAGGUUUUUUGUGGCUAUUCUUUGACAGUACAAUUAUGUAGACUGCCAACAAUAUUAAUGUAAAAGUUUUUUCUCACCAGAGAAAGACCCCUGUGCUCAGAAUGCUUGUAAACAUGGUGGGACAUGUGUGGAUCUUGGUGGAUCCAAAGUACAAUGUAGUUGUCCUGUGGGAUUUAAGGGAAAAACGUGCGAAGGUAAACUUAAGUUAUCGUUUAGCAUUUCUACCAUACUAGUUGUAAUUCAUGUAUACUGAUCCUUAUAUAUUGGACGGGUAUAGCCAUGUUUAAAUUAUGGUUCUUUAUAUUUUUCAUACUACUAAUCCUCUUAAUGAACCAUACACCAUUGCAUAUCAUGAUAACAUAUAAUUCCACACUGUAUAAUGCCAUACUACCAUGGCAUACCAUACCAUACCAUACCAUACCAUACCAUACCAUACCAAACCAAACCAAACCAAACCAAACCAAACCAAACCAAACCAAACCAAACCAUCCCAUCCCAUAGUACCAUACCAAACCAUACCAUACCAUACCAUACCAUUCCAUACCAUACCAAACCAAACCAUACCAUACCAAACCAUACCGUACCAUACCAUACCAUAUACGAUCUCAUAAAUGUGGCCAUAUAUUAACGUGAACGAGUCUUUGUGCACCGCUCAUCCAUGUACAUUGCUAAAUAUCAUUGACGCUAACAUAAUACUUUUUAUUAAUAAUUCUCAAUCUCUAAACGAAAUGCACGUAAUUAUGAAAUAUUUCUAGGGAAUAAAAGUUGUUUUUUCUUUUAUUAGAGAUCGAACACUGUGACCCUAGCCCCUGCCUUCAUGGUGGCACGUGCAAAGAAAAAGACGGAAAGUUUGUUUGUUCUUGUGUUCAAGACUGGAAAGGAUCCAUUUGUGAAAGUGAGUUCGAAGUUACCAACAUUUAACUUAAAUACAACCAAACUGUUCUCCUUGGAGGUCCAGUAAAGGCAUUCCCGUAUUUGUUCAGACAUUGUUUGUUUGUUGUUUGUUUAAUAAAUAUUUAUACAGGAACAUCUGAUUUAGCAUACAGCUCGUUUAAGCGGAGUCCUGUCUGUCUAAAAAUGUACCUUAAACCUCAGAAACCUUGUAAAGUUCAGUUAAAACUAAAGCUAACUUUGUUUAUACUGGAUAGCUUUAUCAGUUCUAAACUGUUCAUCUAUAUAUUGCGAGAACCGAGCACCGGUUGAAGAGGUUCAAGGUACAUUUUCUACGCCACAGACUCUCGCAAAUCAUUUUUCAUGUUGUUCUUCAGUUCCACGCCGUUGUCUUGUGAACCCAUGUCGAAAUGGUGGUCAGUGUAUAGAAGGUCAGGCAGCAACAGUGUGCAAAUGUAAACAAGGUUUCUAUGGUCCUUUUUGUCAAGGUAAAUCUAACUUGCGAUGGUAGUGGUGAGCAUAAAGAUUUUGAUGGUGAUGAUGAUAUUGCUGAUGGUAGUGAUAAUGUUGGUGAUGUUAAUGUAUUUUGUUCAACAAAGUCAAAUUUUCUUGGCUUUUUCUAGUUACACACCAAAUUCCCUUUGAAUGAAUUGCUGGUGUUUAUGUCAUUUUUUUCAACUAGGCCUCAAGGAAUGAAAAAAAUGUCGCAGAAAUUUCAGAAAUUUAGGUUGCAGUAAUUUCAAAAUCGGGCUGCAAGAGUAAUUUCUAGUGCGACUUACAAUGUUCGGUCGGUUGAUUUACUUGAAAGACUGGGUUGGAAACAUCUAGAACUAAGGCGAAAUUACCUAAAAUCUGUUUUUAUGUAUAAAAUUCUGAAUAACCACAUCGCACCAAAUCUAAGAACAUCCUUUCGAUUGAAUAAUUAAUGUGAUAAUACCUAUGAUCUUAGAAAUAGAGAAACUGAUUUGUCUCUUCCUAAACCGAAUACCGAUUCUGGUAAAAGAUGCUUCAAAUAUAACGGAGCGGUAGUAUGGAAUAAGUUUACCGUAUGAAGUAAAAGUAGCGGAAUCUUUAAGUUCUUUUCAAAGAACUAUUAAUCAGGCAAACACUUAAAAUUGGCUCGUCCUAUUGCCUACUGUAUAUGUAAUUCUUCUUUCUUUGUUUUUGUAUUUUUAAUGUUUAUCUGUACAGUAUAUUCUCUCCAAAUCACGCCCCUCAUGGAAAUCAGCUCCGAGUUGUUGAGGCCAGCGUGUUUAAAUAAUUUUUUGUAUGUGUGUAUGUAUGUGUAUGAUUUCUGACGUAUUCGUGUGAAUUUAUUUCACUUGCAGACAACGUAUGUCAGCCGAAUCCUUGUUUCAACAAAGGAAAAUGUUCAGUGGCAAUCAAAUCUGACAAAUCCUGGACGUACAAAUGUCAAUGUCUGCCCACUUUCAAAGGGAAAAGAUGCCAGAGUAAGUCCAAGAUGAAUUUUGUGGCAGUAGACACUAUAUCUAGAUUUCCCUGAAACUAAAUCUUCUAUUCAUGUGUAUAUAAACCAACCCACAGUUAUUUUAAUAGAUGGUUUGGAGACUCGAUGAAAGUACAAUAUAACUCAUUAACUAUGUUAUUGUCCGGCUUUAUGCAAGAAUUUGGUCCUAUCUCGUCACGUGUGUAUUGUAUUUUCGCUCAAAUAACCAAUAACAAGUUUGUGGUUGAGUUAUCCAUCCGUAACUUGAACAAAUGCUCAAUUUAAACAUUGCUAUUGGUUGUGCGGGAAAAAAUACAAUACACACGUGACGAGAUAGGACCAAAUUCUUGCAUAAACCGAAACCAACAUAGUUAAUCAGUUAUAUUGUACUUUCAUCGAGUCUCCAAACCAUGUAUUCUAUUAACUGUGACCAACCACAUUGAUAUGAUUUUUAUAUGUGUAAUAUUUAUUUUAUUUUAAUUGAUAUUUAUUAAAAAAAAACCUUACCUUGAAUUCUGAUCAACUUCUUCACUGUCAAAAUUUUUGGAUACGAUGUUAUUAGAUUAAUUGUAAAUUAGUCCUUUGUUUAUUGCUCCAAAAAUGUAUCUAAUGACAUCAUAUUCAUCGAAUCUUUGGCAGUGAAAUAUUUUAUGAGAAUUUAAGGUAAGGUAUUUUACUAUAAAGAUGGAUUCUUUUUAGAAUGACCCAAACAUUGCCAUUUGCCUUAACUUUUGUUCUGAAUAACAAUGAGAUGGCCUCUUAAUACAAGUCUUUGACUUCGUGAGGUCUUCUCGCCACUCCCUAUCCUUUCAAUUUAACAUACAUAAAUAUAAAUAUAAAUAUAAUUAAAUUUUAUUACAAUAAUCAAUAUAAAUUAACUGAAUGAAGUGGUAAAUAAAUUGAAUUAAAAUAUAUAUAUAUAUAUAUAUAUAUAUAUAUAUAUAUAUAUAUAUAUAUAUAUAUAUAUAUAUAUAUAUAUAUAUAUAUAUAUAUAUAUAUAUUGAGCGCUCUGGCAUGGUUUUGAUGUCCCACAAUCGUGAGGCAUCAAAGGUAACUAUAAAUAAGAGUUACUUUCAUCCUGCUCAUCAGCACUACACUGAUGAGGCCCAUUAGGCCGAAACGGUACCGUCUGUAGUUGGAUAUCGCUCUAUGGCCUUUAGGUCAUAUUGAGCGCUCUACAGGAUGAGCCAUGCCGCUUACGCAUUGCGCACGCUCACUGCUUGCAGUUUGAGCGCUCUGGCAUGGUUUUGAUGUCCCACAACCGUGAGGCAUCAAAGGUAACUAUAAAUAAGAGUUACUUUCAUCUUGCUCAUCAGCACUACACUGAUGAGGCCCAUUAGGCCGAAACGGUACCGUCUGUAGUUAGAUAUCGCUUUAUGGCCUUUAGGUCAUAUUGAGCGCUCUACAGGAUGAGCCAUGCCGCUUACGCAUUGCGCACGCUCACUGCUUGCAGUUUGAGCGCUCUGGCAUGGUUUUGAUAUCCCACAAUCGUGAGGCAUCAAAGGUAACUGUAAAUAGCAGUUAUUUUCAUCCUGCUCAUCAGCACUACACUGAUGAGGCCCAUAAGGCCGAAACGGUACCGUCUGUAGUUAGAUAUCGCUCUAUGGCCUUUAGGUCAUAUUGAGUGCUCUACAGGAUGAGCCAUGCCGCUUACGCACGCUCACUGCUUGCAGUUUGAGCGCUCUGGCAUGGUUUUGAUGUCCCACAAUCGUGAGGCAUCAAAGGUAACUAUAAAUAAGAGUUACUUUCAUCCUGCUCAUCAGCACUACACUGAUGAGGCCCAUUAGGCCGAAACGAUACCGUCUGUAGUUAUAUAUAUAUAUAUAUAUAUAUAUAUAUAUAUAUAUAUAUAUAUAUAUAUAUAUAUAUAUAUAUAUAUAUAUAUAUAUAUAUAUAUAUAUAUAUAUAUAUAUAUAUAUAUAUAUAUACAGUAUAUGCCAAAAAUCAUAUUCUGGGUUAGUGACACUUUUGUAAAUUUUGUGUUCUCUUCGUUCCAGUUCGAAAUCGCUGUGCAUUAAAAUUAUGCAAGAAUGGUGUGUGUAUUGACGAUUUCAGUGAUUAUCACGUGGAUCUGCCUCUCAAUGGUUAUCUGUGCAUUUGCAAGGACGGAUUUCAAGGAGAAAACUGCGACCGUAAGUUGAAAGAUUUUGAUGGCAAAAAUUUAAGCCAUAUUUCAAAUUCGAUGUGCUGUUUAGACGUACGAGUAAAGCCAUAUCUUCCUUACGUACUAGGUAAAGUGUGUGACAACUGCCACAAGGAUGCUGUGUGUUUGUACGGGCAAUGUAUCUGUAAAAAUGGUUUCGUAGGAAAUGGUAAAACGUGUAAAA